AGGCCCUCCAGGUGUCAUUUAAACAAUACUAUUCACAUUUAUUUGGUUUCAUCAUUGGUGGUUAAUUGUCUGCCUUUCCUUUAUUUAAGCACACACUUGUUUUAUAAAAGUUGUGUUAAUUGACCAUAUCAAACCACAGUGACUUCUCAGCAUGGCAGACUCAUACAGUUCUUAGCUACUCAUACUGCAGCUACUGUAUGAGUACUGUUAGGCCAGCUAACACUAAGAGACCAUGCUUCAGUUACACAGUUGAGUGUGCAUGUCUAUCAGGCAUGUUAUUUUACCCACAACAAUGAAGAAUCUCAAAAAUAGAUUUCUUAUUCCCUCUGAUAAGUUACUUAAAGAAUAGUUGAUAAAGUAAGUUUAAAAGCCUUUUCCUAAAUACAUUUGCAGCAAGUCAGUGUCCCUUUUCUGCGCUUGUAUAACUCCCUCUGAAAACUGGCAGUAAUAAGUGAGUCAAUACUAACCUAGAUUUGAGCUUCUGAUUUAGAAGUGAAAGUUCCAUAUCCCGUUUCCAUUCUUCUGUGCUGUCCCAUUCCAUUGUCCGAGAGAUGCUGUUUCUGAUGAAGUUCUUUCAAUGAAUAUUCUGUACAGAACUUUCUGUUCCCACCCAUAAAAGAAGUUUGUUUAAUUUGCUUCAAAUAACAUGAACUUUGUCAUUGAUUAGUUGUUAGGUAGAAUAUUUGAAUCUUCUGGAUGUACUUGGCGACAUGAAAGCAACAUCAUGUCUCCACUGGUGAAAAAGGGAGACAGGCAGAGAACAGCAAGAGAAGUGCAUUUUUUAAUGUCAGAUGUCUAAAGGGAACAGAGAAAGAGGAUGUACAAGGAUCCAAGUGGGGAAUUACCUGGAGAAGAAAUUGAACUGUGCCACAGGGAAGAUUAAAUGGAUUGUAUCAGGAAUGCAGUAGGAAGUCUGGCGAGUUGGCCUCUUGAGUGGAACUGGUUCCACCAACAGGUAGUGUCGGCACUGCUAGCAGCAUAGCUCACAUGGAAGCAAAGACUACAUGACAGAUCUCUAUGGCUCUUCUGACCUCUAGGGGUUCUCUUCCUGUUGAAGUGCUUCUUUUCCUGUAGCAGGUAUUUGCAGCAGGCUGGCUCUUUGUUACCCUCUGCACUCUUCACUGUCUAGGUCUUUUCAAGUUUGAAGAGAAAUCUAAUGCAAUUUUUGACAUUACAGAGAAAUGUGGUAAUAUUUUGGAUGCAGAAAUGUCUGAGGAUACGGAUCACAAUUUAAUACCUGCCCUUGAAAGCAUAUCCUAUGAAAUGCAGAAUCGAACAGGAUCUGAAAACUCACUGCUGGAUGAAGAUGAUUAUUUUCUGAACUCUGGGGAUCUUGCAGGGAUUCCAGUUGUUGGGAGUGACAAUGAGGAUGAUCACAAUUUUACUCCAAAAGAGAGUCUCCCUUCCACGAUUCAUGCUGAAGAUAGCCUGGACAAUGGAAAGAGAGUUACAGAACAUGAACUGGACAGUGAAAAAGAACUGCAAAUACAAAACGCAAUCCAAAAGGACAUCACUUCAUCAUGUGAUCAGGGCCCUAUAUUUAAACCCAUUAGGAAGGAUUUUAGCAUAGCAAGAGAUAAUGGUAAAGAGACUUUUUCAACAAAAGAGAAAAGCAGAGAAGGACAUUUCCAAGAACGUGAAAAACGUUUGGAGAAAAUUCCUAAAGAGUUGGAUUCCAGAUUGAAAAGCAGUUUCCUUGAUAAAACAGUUACUAACCAAGUAGAAGAAACAUUACGGACACAGUUAGCACCACAGAUUCCAGAAACUAACUUCAGGGAGUCUAGCUACCUUUUUGCUAGUAAGGAAUCCAUUGGUCAGGAGCUGGGGAAUUCCUUUGCACCAAAUAUUAGGAUUAAGGAAGAGCCAUUGGAUGACGAAUAUGAUAAAGCUCUGGCACCGCAACAGGGACUGUUAGACAAAAUUAAAGAUGAGCCCGAUAACUCUGAGGAGUAUGGCCAGCAGCCAAAAACUCAGGAAGGGGAACUGAAGAUCAGUGCUGUAUUUUCAGUCAGUGGCAGUCCUCUUGCUCCACAGUUGACAUCAGGUUUCCAGCCUGCUGUGCCAUCCUCUGGCAUGAGUAAAAUGUUGCCUUCAGUUCCAACCACUGCCAUUCGGGUUUCCUGUUCUGGCUGUAAAAAAAUCCUCCAGAAGGGACAAACAGCAUACCAGAGGAAAGGCUCUACUCAGCUCUUCUGCUCCACGUUGUGCCUCACUGGAUACACUGUUCCAACUUCUCGUCCACCAGCUUCGACCAAGAAGACAUGCUCAAGCUGUUCAAAAGACAUCCUAAAUCCAAAGGAUGUGAUCACUGCUCAGUUUGAUAAUACAAACUCUAGCAAGGAUUUCUGCAGUCAGUCAUGUCUUUCCACGUAUGAAUUGAAAAGGAAACCUGUUGUUACUAUUCAUACUAACAGCAUUUCAACCAAGUGCAGCAUGUGCCAGAAGAAUGCAGUGAUUAGACAUGAAGUAAAUUAUCAGAAUGUUGUACACAAACUCUGCAGUGAUGCCUGCUUCUCCAAAUUCCGUUCUGCUAAUAACUUGACUAUGAACUGCUGUGAGAACUGUGGGGGCUACUGUUACAGUGGCUCUGGACAAUGCCAUGUUCUUCAAAUAGAAGGACAGUCAAAGAAGUUCUGCAGUUCAACAUGUGUUACUGGUUACAAACAGAAGUCAGCAAAAAUUACACCCUGUGCACUGUGCAAGUCUUUGAGAUCUUCAGCUGAGAUGAUAGAGAGCACAAAUAAUUUAGGAAAGACAGAACUCUUUUGCUCUGUUAACUGCUUGUCAGCCUACAGAGUUAAAAUGGUUACCUCUGCAGGUGUCCAAGUUCAGUGUAACAGCUGUAAAACUUCAGCAAUCCCUCAGUAUCACCUGGCUAUGUCCGAUGGGAGCAUACGCAAUUUCUGCAGUUACAGCUGCGUUGUAGCUUUUCAGAACUUGUUCAACAAGCCUACAGGAAUGAACUCCUCUGUGGUGCCCCUGUCACAGGGUCAGGUUAUUGUGAGCAUUCCCUCGGGGGCAACAGUAUCGGCAUCAGGUGGCACUACCUCGACUGUCUCCCCCAGCUCCAUGAGCAGCUCAGCUGCAGCUGGUCUCCAGAGGCUCGCUGCUCAGUCCCAGCAAGUCACUUUCGCCCGCACGGUUGUGAAACUCAAGUGUCAGCACUGUAACAGACUGUUUGCAACCAAACCUGAACUGCUUGACUACAAGGGUAAAAUGUUUCAGUUUUGUGGGAAGACCUGCUGUGAUGAAUAUAAGAAGAGAAGUAGUGUAAUGGCAAUGUGUGCAUACUGCAAAAUUGAGAAGAUUAUCAAGGAGACAGUGCGAUUCUCAGGCAUAGACAAGCCUUUCUGUAGUGAAGGUUGUAAACUGCUCUAUAAACACGACUUGGCUAAACGCUGGGGUAACCACUGUAAAAUGUGCAGUUACUGUUUACAGGCUUCCCCCAAAUUGGUCCAGAAUCACUUUGGGGGGAAGAUGGAGGAGUUCUGCUCUGAAGAAUGCAUGUCUAAAUUUACGGUUUUGUUCUAUCAGAUGGCAAAGUGUGAUGGUUGUAAGAGACAAGGUAAACUCAGUGAGUCUAUGAAAUGGCAAGGGGAGAUCAAACAUUUUUGCAACCUGCUUUGUAUUUUGAUGUUCUGUAAUCAGCAAACUGUGUCUGAACCCCCACCUCAGAACAACACAGCAAAUCUUUCCAUGGCACCAACUUCUUCAUCAGGCCCUCCUUCUCUAAGGAAGGAUUCCACUCCAGUUAUAGCCAACGUGGUAUCCCUAGCAAGUGCGCCUGCUGCCCAGCCCACAGUUAACUCCAACAACGUCUUACAAGGUGCAGUUCCUACUGUGACAGCAAAGAUCAUUGGAGAUGCCAGUACUCAGACAGAUGCCCUGAAACUACCACCAUCACAACCGCCGAGACUUUUAAAAAACAAAGCAUUAUUGUGCAAGCCGAUCACCCAGACCAAGGCCACAUCUUGCAAGCCGCAUACCCAGAAUAAAGAAUGCCAGACGGAGGAAAAUGAAGUUCGACCCCAAAUCCUUGUGGUGCCUGUUCCUGUACCAGUGUUUGUGCCAGUGCCCCUUCACCUCUUCACCCAGUAUACGCCAGUUCCACUUGGGGUCCCAGUGCCGGUACCAGUUCCCAUGCUUAUCCCAACGACUCUGGACAAUGCCGACAAGAUCAUAGAGACUAUUCAGGACAUCAAAGAGAAGAUUCCCACAAAUCCGUUUGAGGCUGAUCUCCUUCAAAUGGCAGAAAUGAUUGCAGAAGAUGAAGAGAAGGAAAAAACGCACUCUCAUGGAGGGUCCCAAACAUCUGAGCAUGAGCUGUUCCUGGACCCCAAGAUAUUUGAGAAAGAUCAAGGCAGCACUUACAGUGGAGAUCUAGAAUCAGAAGCAGUAUCAACUCCACACAGCUGGGAGGAUGAGCUAAAUCACUAUGCCUUACGAUCCAAUGCCAUGCAGGAGCCAGACCCUGAGCUGAGGCAGUUCUCCAAAGGGGAUGUGGAGCAGGACCUGGAGGCAGACUUUCCCUCAGAUUCAUUUGACCCACUCAGUAAAGGACUGGGUCUCCACUCACGUUCACGAGCAAGGCGAAGACAUAGAGACGGUUUCCCACAGCCGAAAAGACGGGGAAGGAAGAAGUCCUUAGUUUCUGUGGAGCCUCGGAAUCUUAUGCAGGGCUCCUACCCAGGCUGCUCUGUUUCUGGGAUGACACUGAAGUACAUGUAUGGGGUAAAUGCCUGGAGGAAUUGGGUCCAGUGGAAGAAUGCACAGGAAGAUCCAGGGGAGCUAAAAUUUGGAGUUCGGCCUGUGAAGCUCAAGGAGGAUAUUCUUGCAUGCACUUUCGCUGAACUGAGUUUUGGCUUGUGCCAGUUUAUCCAGGAGGUGCGGAGACCAAAUGGUGAAAAAUAUGAUCCUGAUAGCAUCUUAUACUUGUGCCUUGGAAUUCAGCAGUACCUGUUUGAGAACGGUAGAAUAGAUAACAUUUUUACCGAGCCCUAUUCCAGGUUUAUGAUUGAACUUACAAAACUAUUGAAAAUCUGGGAACCUACAAUACUUCCAAAUGGUUACAUGUUCUCGAGAAUUGAAGAGGAACAUUUAUGGGAAUGUAAACAACUUGGUGCAUAUUCCCCGAUAGUCUUAUUGAACACACUUCUGUUCUUCAAUACCAAAUAUUUCCAACUAAAGAAUGUCAGUGAGCAUCUGAAGCUGUCCUUUGCCCACGUUAUGAGACGCACCCGGACUCUGAAAUACAACACCAAGAUGACGUACUUACGGUUUUUCCCACCUUUUCAAAAACCAGAGGUAGAAUCAGAUAAGUUAUCUGUAGGAAAAAGGAAACGGAGUGAGGACGAGGAGGUUCCAACAGCAGUGGAAAUGGCUGAAAACACAGAUAACCCUCUGAGAUGUCCAGUCCGACUCUAUGAGUUUUACUUGUCAAAAUGUUCUGAAAGCGUGAAGCAGAGAAGUGAUGUAUUUUACCUUCAGCCUGAGCGUUCUUGUGUACCUAAUAGCCCCAUGUGGUACUCCACGUUGCCAAUAGACCCCGGGACCUUGGACAUCAUGUUAACACGUAUUCUUAUGGUGAGGGAGGUACACGAAGAACUUGCCAAAGUCAGAUCAGAGGACUCUGAUAUUGAAUUGUCAGACUAACUGAAGUGGGGUAUUUUCCUUUCAAUACAUGUUGCAAGUACCAAACUGUGAACACAUCCAGCCUUCAGAAAACGUUGUGUAUCAAAUAAGCCGAGUUAACAUCACUACACAGGCAUAUUUUGAACCACAAUGGAUGUGCAGACUGGAAUCAGAAGGAAGCAAACUACUUUAAGCUGCAAGAAACGCCAGUGUCCACUGCAGUGAUAAAUCCUCUAAACAAACUCAAGAUGAAUUAACCUGUUCAAGCGAUGCAUACAUCCUUCAUUUGUUUGGGAUUAAAACAAAAUUGUGAAAUAUUUUUAAGGAAAACUGUUGUGUAAAUUCUACCAUAGUAACCAUGGGCAUAGAGAACUAGACUGUGGCUCACAUGACUUUGCAGCCCAAUGGCUGGCAGCCGUUGCUGCCAAAGAGCCUGUGGAGAUCCUAUAGAUCUUCAUGUGGACAGAAGACAAGGUGCAGUGAAGUCUAGACAAAUAGAACCUUCCGUUAUGUAUACACACACUUUUUUAGUUUUAUUUUAUUUUUUACUGGGAUCAAAGGUUAAGAAAGAUACUAAGCCAGAAGUCAGUGGUACAUCUGCCAGAUUACUACCGUAGUGGAUGACUACCUGGGCUGCGUUCAGACAGUCACAUGACCCCAGAGUCUAGCUCUUAGUACAUACUAGUAACUACGACUCUGUUGGAUCUCUGAUGUGGAGGAGACGCUGUAAGUCGAGCAUCAGAGCAAUCAUGUUAUGGGACAGAAAUCUCUGGAUUACGUAUAGGAGAGCAAGGAUCUAGGGCUGUGUGCAGAAAAUCCCUUGACUAGCCUAUGCAGUCUGAUGAUGUAAUCUAGCAAAUGCUGUGGUGUACAAAAAUGGUUGUUUGGGGGAAGGGGCUGUUUUGUUUUUUGAUGCAAGGCAGCUUUACUUCUCUCUUUCUCCCAUUCCCCUUCAAUUCUUUGUUUUUAUACCAUGCAAGUCUGGAAGGCCUGGUCAUUUCAAAGUGAAGAUACUCUUUCCACCUUUGCAGCGUGUGCAGUAUUACUUUGGACAACAGAACUGUGGUAGAAAAUACCUUGUGUGGUUUUUUACCCCACCCCACCCAAAGAAAUGUAGUGAUAGUGUUGGAAAUUGAAACGAUUUUUUCAAUGGCUUGGCUGUUACUGUAUCUUUUAAAAGGGGGAAAUUUCCCAUACUGUAUCCAGAGGACAGGACGCUGAUUAGAUAACAUCUGUCUCUCCAUUUUCUCAAGCGUAAGAUGCUCAUUUCUGAGGGCAACAGGUCGUAAAUACAUUGGGAAUACAAAGCUAUUUUUAAAGAGAAUUGUACUUUUUUUUUUAUCAGUAGUUGCAGCCAUUUGCCCAACUUCUGUAGCAGUGGUUUUGAUAUCUGACCCUCUCGCUGCAUUUUCAGGAGUUGAAAACCAACAGCCUUGUAUUAAAUUUGUUUUUUUGUUUUUUUUAAUUUUCUUUACUUUUAGCAGUAACAAAGGUAAUUUAAACAAUAAAAUUGGAAAGUAGUCUAUUGACGUUGUGUACUCGGUAGUCCUGUCCCUGCCUGUAACGGAUUUCACUGAUGUAUUUUUUAAUACAGAAGACUGUGUGAAAAGUAAACCUGCCCCUGAUUCUGAAUGAUCCAAGUCCUUAUGUGUCUGUUAUUUCUAAUCAGAGACCGUUUAUUUCACAUCUUGUCCUAAAGCUGGGCGGGGGGGGGAAUACUCUGGCCAUAAUAUAUAUCCCUACCAAUAAACUACCCAGAGACUUGAAGGCUGAAUUAUCUCAAUUACAUUAAUUUUACAAUGUAAAAAUACUAACCUUCACCCUGUAGUAAUAUUAAAAGUAGUUAGCUGUUCUGUGUUUGCACAGCUGAUGUGUUUCAGGAAGAAAAAUACCCCUUUGCCUUUAACUGACAACAACAGAUAGCGUAUGGUUGUACAAAACCAAAAAAAAACCCCAAUCCCUCACAUGCUAUCGCCCCGCCCUAACAACCCCCAGAAUAAGCAGUUGCAUGCAGGUCUGCCCUGAAUCUCAAUAUUACUACAUCACAGGAAAUAGCUAUGAAUUAUUGUAAUUCUUAGAUAUUCCUGUUGAGUGCAGCUAUAAUGUCUUUGUCAGAUUGUUUGUUUUUUCUUUCCCUUUUUAUUAGAGAGUUAUGUGAUUUUUCCCUCCCCCGCCCCAAUGAAUAAGCAAGGGAAACAGUCAAGAUAUCCUAUUAGGAUUGUUUUCAAGUAAAAAUUUCUGGUUUUACCCUUGCUAGAAGUUACAGAACUAUUCCCGUAGAAUAAAAUAGUUUAUUUGUAUAUGAUGAGUGACUUAUUCAUUUUUCUUUCUGUCUCUGGAGAACCUCACUCUUUGCUGUUUGUGGAACUACAGAACGUCAGUAUGUUCCAGGUACUUGGAAUGAAAAAUAAUUAACCCUCCUAUCCUGUCAGAAAACAAAUCUGAACUACUUUAACGUCACUGAUUGAAAGCAACAUUGGUGAAUGUUGUAUUUGUCUUUUUAAUUUUGUGUAUGGUAAACAGUUCAUUGUAGUUUGAGUUCUUUUUGUCAUAUUAACAGGGCAGUAGCUCAUUUUUUCCCGGUGUGAUAACUUCUGCUUUGUGUCUGUUUGUGAGAGAUAAUAUGCAUUUCCUCCAUAGUCCAGUGCUGUCUCAGCCUCUCAGAUCUUUGACCGUUUGGAUUGGACUCAACACUGAAGAUGUAAAUAUAAAUUACCUGUGGUGUUUCAUAGUUAUUGGGUAUCCUAAAACACUUACUUUAUUUUUGUUAUAAAUAGUUCUAUCUGAAUUGCUUGCUGCCCGGUAACUUGAAAUGUUCCCUUUAAGUAGAAAAGAACUCACUUUUUUUUUUUUUAGUUUGAACACGGCAAAGGAAUGACAAAGCAUGACAAACAGAAGGGCUGUUUCCUGCAUAUAAGAUUUCUUGACUUAUUUUUAGGUCCUAAUCCACUGACGUGAUUUUCAAGUGUUUAUUUUUUGGCACAGAUAAGACUGCAUAGCUGUUAAGAUUGUUUAGAGGAACCCAGGAUGCCCUGUUACAUAUUACUGUAUAUGUUACAAUAGUGAAUUACAGCUAGAGCCGGUAAUUUGAGAAUGUCAAUUUUGCAAAGAUUUUAAAAGCGCCUUUUUCGGGUGCGGCUGUCCUCUCCACAGUUAUGACAUUCUCUAGUGGGAUGCUGAGCAUAUUUUAUACACUAAUCUCCAUGAGCUUCCAUGGGAGGUCAAACUUGCUUAAAACUUCAGAAUCAGGCACAAAGGAAAGAUGCAUGUGGUAUUAAUUAUUCCAUCAACCUCAUUAGCCACUGAUCUAAAAAAAUAAAAUGUGCAUUCAUCUGGCAACAGUCUCUAGCUCAGUAAUGUCUCCUCGCAAACUUAAAAUAAAAUGGCAGCAGGAGUAUUGGUUUCUUAUUGCCUAAGGGUGCAGUAAUAUCAUGGCCAAGCUAAGGGAGCUUUCGUGCCAGAGUUACUAUCUCUGUUUUUAUAACAGUUCUCAUAACUCGUAUCAGUCCGCUGAGCAAGAGUUUCGCUAUUGCCUUAUAAAACAGUUAUGGUGUUUAAAACCUUGUAUACUGGGCUCAUCUUUUCAGUCUCCAUGCUUUAUAUAUAAAAUAAGGGCACUUGGGAGUUUUGCUGCCACAGCAAAGCCUAGUUGCAUUCUCUUGUUGCCUUGUGUGUUCUCUUAUUUAACAUUCUUGAUCAAUCCACUGGAAUCAGAAUCUGGAUUUGCUUUCCUCCAGUGCUCUACAGUACAUUUCAGAUAGAAGGGAACAUCUUUGCGGGUUAGUUUGCAGGCCCGAAAAAAGCACCUAAUUUAGAAGUUCAUAGCUCUACUAUUCUAAGCUCUGUCUAAAGAAUUUUCAAUUUUUUGCUAUUAAGAUUUGAAGAAGAGGGUGUUUUGGCCAACAAUUUUUUAAAAAAGGAUAAAAAUUAAAGGCUGCAUCUAUUGAUAUCCACAGAAUGACAGGUAUUUAUAUCUGCUCUAAUUCUGCCCCAACAUAUGUUGCAAAAUUUUAGAAUUGUUUGUUUUAGCAGGUUCAAAGAAUCUAUUCAUAUUGGAUUCUCUGGUGCCCAGUUCUGAAAUAUUGAUAAGAGGGCAACAUUCAGUUAAGGAUUUUCAAUGCUAACUGAUGGAAGUUUGGGUUCAACAACUGGAAUUUCCCAAACUCUCUCCUGGGAUAAGGAGGUUUAAAAAGUAAAAUGCAAAGGGCAGCUCUUGGAAAAAAGUUUUUGAAAAAUUAAAAUUAGAUCAUCGUAAAGUUACAAGCAUCAGAAGGGUAGCCAUGUCACUCUGUAUCCUUUUACCCGCAAAAGUUUAUGCCCAAAUCUGUUAGUCUUUUAAGGUGCUGCAGGACUCCUCGUUUUUGCAUAAAGGUACGAUCCAGUUCAUUGACCAAAAUCCAGUCUUCAUUCCAGGUGUUUGGACUAUGCUGGAUUGGGUCUGGAAUGGAUAUCUCUCAUAGCUUAUCCACAAAUGAACAGACUAUCUUGGAUCAAACUGCUUCAUGUCUUAUUGUAUCCUAUAUGUGUUUAUAAUCCUAACAACUGAACUAUUCCACAGGGCUCCAUCUGGAACUGUUGGACAGCUAAUGUCUUUAACAAAAUUAUCCAGUGUCACUGGAAACAGGACUCUUGGGGUCUAUUCCUAGCUCUGGAUUUGACUCAUCAUGUAGCCCUAGACCUAGAUACAUCAUAAAACUGCUCUUGUAAUGUAGAUCAGAGCCUUAUUUGAGUCACUUUUCCCCUUUGUGCCUCGGUUUCCCUAUUUGUAAAUUAGAUCUAAUUUCCUACCUCAUGGAUGUUAUGAGACAAAAUGUUGUAAAGUGCUUUGCAGUCUUCUGAUGAAAGGUGCUAUGUAACUGCAAAGCAUUACUUUAAAAGACCUAAAUGAAUAGUUAGUGAAUAAAGACCUCUUAUAAAAAUCA